AUGAAAAUGGUUAUGAUUUGUUUAGUUGUUUCUUCAAUGCUUUUGGGAAGUGUUCUUGGAAGAACACCAUCUCAACAACCUGCUCUAACUCUAAAGGUUGCUGUUGUUCAAACAAACAUUGAUGAUUCAAAUAGGAAAUUCUUCAAAUCAAAUGCUGCCAUGACCGUGUAUAAGCCUCGAGUACAGAAUGGUCAAUGGUCUUCAACUCGAAUUAAAUUAUUGAAUGGUGUAGAUAGUAUCGAAGCAGGGUGGAUGGUUGAUCCACAUAUGUUUACCGACGAUGAUGCCCAUCUAUAUGCAAGAUUUAUAGCUGGACAACGAGUAUGUGUCAAUCAUCAAUGUGAUGGUUUUGUUCAAGUGUCAAAAGAUGUACCUUUAGGAAUUGUCCCUGAAAAAUAUUCCGAAAUCGAUGUUGCAAACCAAGUUGAAUGGGGAGGAGAGAUCGACGAUCCUGGGCCAACUAGCCCAGCUCCUGAAAUGGGUUGCGGUAGGAUGGCAGCUUAUGAUACAAGAUAUUCAACAUUUUUCCGUAAAGUGACAGUUGAUACUGAUAGUUCUAAAAAUGUUGAACCUCAAGGCACAACAAAAAUCUUAAAUUGUCCAUCCUUAUACCAUGUUUUGGACGAAGGUUAUCAGGGUGAUUAUUGGGGUCGUCUCAUGUAUUAUGGAGAUUACAACUUACGAUAG